UUUCAUAAUCCAACCCAAAAUCUAGUUAUUAUCUUUAAACGUUUCUCAAAUAUGGAUUCCUUUCAGUAUUCCAAAAUCCCUUAUCCACUUCUUAUUCUUGUUUUCCUCAGCUUUAUCCGCUUUACUUGUGGCACAAGAAACUUGCUUUCACUCUAUCAACCACCUCCAAUGGGUCUUACGUACCAUAAUGGUGCCUUAUUAGAAGGAGAGCUAAAAAUAUCCAUUCUUUGGUACGGACAAUUCUCACCAGCCCAAAAAUCCAUUAUUGUGGAUUUUCUUCAAUCUAUAAAUUCUGUUAAUAAAAUGGGGUCACUUAAAACACCUACUGUUUCAAAAUGGUGGCAAACCAUUCAAACCUACUUGACAAAAGCGGGUAAAAAAGAAACCCGACUUGUUUUAUCUGAUCAGUUCAAAGAUGAAAAUUGUUCCUUUGGAAAAAACAUAAAGAAAUCCCAGAUAUCUGAGUUGGCAAAUUUAAACUCAAGAAAAGGUGAAUUAACCUUGGUCCUAACAGCCCAAGAUGUUAUAGUUGAAGGCUUCUGCAUGAGCAAUUGCGGGUAUCACGGGUCGGGUCAAGGCAAAAAAUCCGUUUUCAUAUGGGUGGGUAACUCGGUGACUCAGUGCCCCGGUCAAUGUGCGUGGCCUUUUCACCAACCAAUUUAUGGACCACGGGACAAGCCAUUGGGUGCACCAAAUGGUGACGUGGGUACGGAUGGCAUGGUUGUAAAUAUAGCGAGUCUUUUGGCCGGAGUUGUAACGAACCCCUACGGAAACGGCUACUAUCAGGGGCCGGCGGAAGCGCCGCUUGAAGCGGCUUCGGCUUGCGCCGGGCUGUAUGGUAGAGGAGCUUAUCCAGGUUAUGCAGGUGAGCUGCUUGUGGAUACGAUAAGUGGUGCAAGCUAUAAUGCGCAUGGUACAAACGGAAGAAAGUAUUUGUUGCCUGGGCUUUUUGAUCCAAAUAAAUCAGCUUGCUCAACUAUUGUCUAGAAUAAUACACAUAUACUUCUGCUAGAAGAUGGAGCACUUCAAAUGUUUACUUUUAGUUUAUGUAAAUUUUGUUUAUACGUAGUUUUAACAUUUACUUUGAGGAAAAUGUAUUUUCGUCCCGUGUAUGGUUCUUUAGUUUAUAUAUUUUGUUUGGUCUAUCUA